AUGGGCGGGGUCUGCUCACGUGCCACGACGAAGCGCGCGGAACCCGACCCGGGAAACGCGGCCGGCAAGGACGCCAAUGAAAACAACGUCAGCUUGCCAAAGCCACCGGCGGCGAACGUUGCGCCGGACGGGAGCUCGAGUACACAUGUUUGUUUCACCGACCGAAACGGUCGCGCCGGCAAUACAGAGGCCGAUGUCUCGGAGUGGCCGCUCAGUGGCAGCGCCUUGAUCCGCCCCACCAGCGCUGACCCCCGAAGCAGCAACGCCGGCGGCGACUUCACCAGGAACAUCGCCCUUCUCUCGGUGAGAGAGCCGCCGCGUGACGCGGAGGCGAAGACGAGCAGCGUCGACACCGCCAUCGGCUCCGCCGCUAGUAACUCGACCUCGAACAACGGUGGGGCGUAUCCAAGUUCGGCGCAAUCGAGACCACGCUACGACACCUACUUCCCUCCAGGCCACGACGCAGGCAUGCGGCUAGGGGCUGAAAAGUACACCGGUGUCGGCGCGAGCCCGCUUUCGGCGGUCAACUCACUCGAUCUGCAGAGCUUCACGUCCACCGCGUCCUCCGGCAAGGUGAGCAAACCGCGCGACCAAGUCGCACGCCCCAGCAUGGCGCAGCCGCGUGCGAACCCGAUGAUUUUCACGGACGACGACACGUCCGUGGUGGAGACGGCGAGCUCGGCGUUCGCCACGCCGAGGGAGCUACGCAAGAGUUUGAGCAGUAUUGCUGGCCUCCCUCGCAACGCCUCCAUCAUCAGCCGCGGCAGCAUGAUGAGCCAGCAAUCACACGGCUACAGCUACUAUAACAGCAGCGCGACAUGCACGGAGUACUGCCCGAUGCCUCCGCCUGCGUCGCUCCCACUGAGCGCGGCCACAGCAUCCCUCACCUCGGCCGCGGCGCAGCUUAGCCAGAGACAGCAGCGUCCACAGAGGCCGCCGCCCUUCUCCCCCAGCCAAUCCUCCAACAUGACCGUCACGAACGUGCGCACGAACCGGCAGGCGCUGGCGACGAGGAGCCUCGGCGGUGCAAGCACGCCGCUCACUCGACAGAGCUCCAUCGUAGGGUCGGACUGCUUCCAAAGUUGCUGCAGCUACACCGACCUGAUCUCGUCUACAGCUGGUCACCUGACUCCCGCCACCCCAGCAGGUGCGGCUGCAGAGGCGGACGUGCGCCUCCUCUCUGGCGGCUACCCAGCGAGCACCGCCGACAGAGCUUCUUCGAUGGGGCGGGAGCUCUACACAUGCCGCAGCGCCUACACGCCGUCCACUCAUGCCCGAUCACUCUCUUCUCCGGCGGCGGCCACCCACAGCCGAGGCGCGACUAUGCUCCCCAGCGCGCUGCACGCGUUGUUUUUGCCCCCACGUUCCCCACUGCAGACCCCGCGUGGCGCCGCGGGGCCGUGGAGCACUCCGAGUGAGCAGCAGCUGCAGCAGAGGCGGCAAGACAGCCUCUACUCCGGCAUCGAGGACGCGCCUGCGUCUGAGGACUUCUUCUCAGUCCCGCCGAGCGCCCGCGACCUCUUCCUCGCGCGGCCCUCCACCGCUGCAUCGACGCCGGCCGACCGCUUUGUUCUUGGCAGGGGCCUCCCCAACACCGCGGCGGCAGCGGCGGCGAACACAAGCCACCAGAGCACCACCACCACGGCUACCGGCAGCGGUAGCGCAGCAAGGACGUCGAGAAGCGUAGAGAAGUGCAACUUUACCUCUCCCGAGUCACGUUACCCGUGCUCCUUCGGCGAGGCAGCGGCGCUGUCAUCGUUGCGACCCAUUUCAGGGUCCUUCCACUCCGGCUCCGCCCCGUCGUCGUUGUGGACGGACGCAUCACUGCUGACGGCAAGGAUGCUGCUAGAGCAGCAGCAGCAGCUCAGCCACGCGUCCGCUGCGACUCGAAAGAAGGCCGCCAGCCACGGCAAGAACAACAGCAGCGUCAGCGGCGGCGCCAGCAGAAAGGGAAGGCGGGUGCGGAAGCGGCGCUACCCCCGCGGCGACUUCCUGCUCAACUUGAAUCCGCCGCCACAGGCGGCGCUUGGGAUGGGGGCGGCAGCGACGAGCCAGGAGAACCCCUCGCCGUCGUCUACCUCUGCUGCAGAUGCAAUGGCGAUGCCGCCGCAGCCGAGUGAUGCCUCGAACAUUGUCACGUUGGUCGACAACCACGGCAUUGAAGCGACCUUUGCAUCCUCCUCGACCGCGAGCAAGACGAGCAGGCGCAAGUCCGGCACCGUUGAUGACCCUGAAGCCGCAAGGGGAGUACGGUCAACUCAGGCCUACGUCGAGGCCCCUCUGCCCGUGCGAGAUGCUGCUGCUGCUGGUGGUGGUGGUGGUGGUGGCAAUACCGCGGCGUUGCCCACCUCGCCCUCUGGCAGCAUGAGCUCCUUCUCCACGGUUGCCUCGUCGUACCGGCACGACAUCCUCGUGAGUGCGUCGUCGCAGGGUUCGCCGGAGGUACCGCAGCAGCGGCCGAGGCCGAAGAGCGAUACUGCUCCUUGCAGGCGGCGACACUCCUCCCGUGGCGCAGGCGGUGGCACUUCGAAGUUGCGCUCAAAGGCGGCUUCCGCGACGUUCAGUGAUUCCGCGGCACAUGGCGGGAUGGAACGCCACGCUCCGGCUGCCAAGGCCACCAAGGGCGCCGGCGCUGCUGCGACUGGUGCUGAGGCAACGUCUGCGUCAUUGGUGGCGCCGCUCAUGACGAACCCAAAGCCGUGGGUGCCGAACGGUAGAUCGACGGCUGCUGCUGCAGCCCGUGCUGGCUCACGCAGCACCGCGGACGUGAUGACCACUGUUACCACCACCACCACCACCACAGUGCCUCCUGGUGACCCCAGCCGUCGCUCGUCGCUGGCUCGCCGCAGCUCGACUUCAAACACAAGCGGCGGCGGCACCCGCGCCGUCACAGCCCCGGGUCGUACCGGAGGCGGGGCGCGACCCGCUUCUGCCACGGCGGCUGCGGCUGCCCGUCCCUCCCCUGGCGGCGCGGCCAAGCCUGGUCCUGGGAAAGGAGCGCCGCGGCGGACCUCGGCCUCAGGUUCCCUCGUGCCCCCGUCGCCCACCGAUGCGCGCAAGCCAAAAGCGAAACGGACAGCAGCGGCCGCAGCUCCAGCGGCAACAGCGGCAGCCGCUGCCAGAGAACCGUCGGGUGCUGAGGAGUCCGAGUCCGUCGUUGAGUACUCCCUCGGUAUUGACGCUACCAUGGAGAGCGAGGGGUCAGGGGUGGAUGUCGUGGACAGUGGCAGUGGCAGCAGCGACAGCGGUCUGCAGACAGCGCUAGGUGCCACUUGUCCACAGCAGCCGCCACCGCAGCAGCACGCGGACAGGACAGCAGAUGCCGUAAAGGUCAACGACAUCAACGAUGACUUCCCGGCGCAAGAGCGCGUGCCGCAGCCGUGUGGCAGCAACGCAGAUGACACUGAUGAGGUACCUCUCGCGGGCUUCCGAGCGUCACCUGAUGUCUCUAACGCCACGGCUAUCACGUCGUUGGCGGAUAGCACCUUCCUACAGCCGUACACGGAGGCGCAGCUGGUGACGAUAUUCGGCGGCUCCGCAGCUAGGCUGCACAGUUGUGACUGCAGCAAUCAACACCUUCGGGUCUCCGACGAAGGUAGAGGCGGGGAUGCCGCGGCCAAGGAUGACGACAACUCUGAGGACGACCGCGCCGCACUUCCCGCCGACUCAGAGGUGGUGGUGGCGCACCGCGCGGUGUCCUCCACCGACGGCGACGGAAUGGGACCGUACUCGGUCUCCGCAACCUCUGGUGAGGAGGUGAUGCGGGCGGUGACACCCGGUAGCGCUGCACGGAGUAAUAGCGAAUUGCCCAUCGCAAAGUACAGGGACGCAUCAACGCUGGCGAAGGAGGAUUCGGUGCCCACGGCGCUCGGCGUCAGCAACGGCGAGGGCAAGGGCGAGGCGGCCACCGAUUACUCAGCGGUGGACAUAUCGAGUCACUCCUUUUCCUCCGGAUCCGACUCGCACGCCUCAGAGGUGCAGGUGGUCACACUGCACUGA